AUGACAGCGGCAGAGAUUGGGGUGAUUGUAUUUAAAGACGAGCGAGAAGAAGUGGGAGAGCGAGAGGCUGGAUGGAUCCAGGAGGUCAGCGAUUUCUUAAAAGUCAACGGGAUCUGCAGAGUUGCCCAGCGGGAACAAGCAGCAUUGAUUGACAUGAAGCACGAACUGGAGAGCGAGGAGGAUCUUCCAAUCGGCUGGACGAGGAAAAAGUGA